CCCGGCCCCGCCCCCGGNNCGAGUUCAUGGGAGCAUGAAGGAGAUGGUAGGAGGCUGCUGCGUGUGCUCGGACGAGAGGGGCUGGGCCGAGAACCCGCUGGUCUACUGCGAUGGGCACGCGUGCAGCGUGGCCGUCCACCAAGCUUGCUAUGGCAUCGUCCAGGUGCCAACAGGACCCUGGUUCUGCCGGAAGUGUGAAUCUCAGGAGCGAGCAGCCAGGGUGAGGUGUGAGCUGUGUCCGCACAAAGAUGGGGCAUUGAAGAGGACCGACAAUGGAGGCUGGGCGCACGUGGUGUGUGCCCUCUACAUCCCCGAGGUGCAGUUCGCCAACGUGAUCACCAUGGAGCCCAUCGUGCUGCAGUACGUGCCCCACGACCGCUUUAACAAGACCUGCUACAUCUGCGAGGAGCAGGGCCGGGAAAGCAAGGCGGCCUCGGGGGCCUGCAUGACCUGCAAUCGCCACGGCUGCCGACAGGCCUUCCACGUCACCUGCGCCCAGAUGGCAGGUCUGUUGUGUGAAGAGGAGGUGCUGGAGGUGGACAAUGUCAAGUACUGUGGCUACUGCAAGUACCACUUCAGCAAGAUGAAGACAUCCAGGCACAGUGGCGGCGGAGGAACAGGAGCAGGAGGCAGCGGUGGCGGUGGAGGUGGCAGCAGUAGCAGCACUGGUGGUGGUGGCGGCAGCAGUGGCGGUGGCACAGGGGGAGGUGGCAGUGGUUUCGUCCCUGGCAGGAGGAGCCGGUCAGCCUCACCCUCUAGCCAGCAGGAGAAGCACGCUGCCCACCACGAGCGAGGCCAAAAGAAGAGUCGAAAGGACAAAGAACGCCUUAAACAGAAGCACAAGAAGCGGCCUGAGUCCCCUGCCAGCAUCCUGACUCCACCUGUGGUCCCAGCUGCUGACAAGGUCUCUUCCUCCCACCAUGAAGCCGGCACUCAGGAGACCUCGGAGAGCAGCAGGGACUCGAAGGGAAAAAAGUCUUCCAGCCACAGCCCGAGUCACAAGGGCAAGAAGCCGAGCUGCAGCGGGAAGGGUGGGAGCAGCUAUGCCGGAGCCUCCUCUGGAGGGCCCUUCCAGCCUUCAGGCUCCUCCCUGCAGAGCUCCCCUGACUUCUCCACCUUCCCCAAGCUGGAGCAUUCGGAGGAGGACAAGUACUCCAAGCCCUCGGCCCCCACCCUGUCGGCCCCGCCCUCACCCUCGGCCCCAGAGCCCCCCAAGGCUGACCUCUUCGAGCAGAAGGUGGUCUUCUCUGGCUUUGGGCCCAUCAUGCGCUUCUCCACUUCUGCCUCCAGCUCGGGCCGGGCCCGGGACCCAUCCCCUGGGGACUAUAAGUCUCCCCACAUUUCAGGGUCUGGGGCAUCAGCCAGCACCCACAAGCGGAUGCCCUCCCUGAGUGCCACCCCUGUGCCAGCGGAGGAGCCCCUGGAGCCAGGGCUGAAGGAGAAGAAGCACAAGGCCAACAAGAAGAGCCGGCAUGGACCAGGCCGGCCUAAGGGCAGCCGGAACAAGGAGGGUGCAGGGCCCCCAGCUGUCCCCACCCUACCUGCCCCCCAACUGGCUGGCUUCACCGCCACCGCUGCCUCCCCCUUUUCUGGGGGAUCCCUGGUGAGCUCCGGCCUGGGGGGCCUGGCCUCCCGCACCUUUGGACCUUCAGGGAGCUUACCCAGCCUGAGCCUGGAGUCCCCCCUGAUGGGCGCAGGCAUCUACACCAGUAAUAAGGACCCCAUCUCCCACGGUGGCAGCAUGCUGCGGGCUGUGUGCAGCACCCCCCUCUCCUCCAGCCUGCUGGGGCCCCCGGGCACAUCUGCCUUGCCCCGGCUCAGCCGCUCCCCUUACACCAGCACCCUCCCCUCCUCCUCAGCAGCUAUCUCCACCACUCAGGUGUUCCCCCUGGCCGGCUCUACCUUCAGCCUCCCCUCUACCCACAUCUUCGGGACCUCGGUGGGCGCUGUGAACCCGCUGCUCACCCCGGCUGAGAGCAGCCACCCAGAGCCAGACCUGGAGGACUGCAGCUUCCGAUGUCGGGGGACAUCCCCCCAGGAGAGUCUGUCUUCCAUGUCCCCCAUCAGCAGCCUCCCUGCACUCUUCGACCAGACCGCCUCUGCACCCUGCGGUAGCGUCCACUUAGAUACGCCAGCCCCGGGGACGACUAACAUGGAGCAGCUGCUGGAAAAACAGGGCGACGGCGAGGCCGGUGUCAACAUCGUGGAGAUGCUGAAGGCACUGCACGCACUGCAGAAGGAAAACCAGCGGCUGCAGGAGCAGAUCCUGAGCCUCACGGCCAAGAAGGAGCGGUUGCAGAUUCUCAACGUGCAGCUCUCCGUGCCCUUCCCCGCCCUGCCUGCUGCCCUGCCUGCCGCCAAUGGCCCUAUAGCUGGGCCCUACGGUCUGCUCCCCCAAGCCAGCAGUAGUGACUCCCUGAGCACCAGCAAGAGCCCUACGGGCAAGAACAGCCUUGGCCUGGACCACUCGCUGUCCACAUCUUCAGAGGACCCACACUCAGGCUGCCCGAGCCGCAGCAGCUCGUCGCUGUCCUUCCACAGCACGCCCCCACCACUGCCACUGCUCCAGCAGAGCCCGGCCACCCUGCCUUUGGCCCUGCCUGGAGGCCCUGCGCCACUCCCACCCCAGCCGCAGAACGGGCUUGGCCGGGGACCUGGGCCAGCAGGGCUGGGGGCCGUGCCUGUGGCUGAGGGGCUGCUGGGAGGGCUGGCUGGCAGCGGGGGCCUGCCCCUCAAUGGGCUCCUGGGGGGGCUGAAUGGGGCUGCCGCCCCCAACCCUGCAGGCUUGAGCCAGGCUGGUGGGACUCCCACGCUGCAGUUGCCAGGCUGUCUAAACAGCCUCACGGAGCAGCAGAGACACCUCCUUCAGCAGCAAGAUCAGCAGCUCCAGCAGCUCCAGCAGCUCCUGGCCUCCCCACAGCUGACCCCGGAGCACCAGACUGUUGUCUACCAGAUGAUCCAGCAGGUGCAGCAGAAGCGGGAGCUGCAGAGGCUGCAGAUGGCUGGGGGCUCUCAGCUGCCCAUGGCCGGCUUGCUGGCUGGAAGCUCUACCCCACUGCUCUCGGCUGCAUCUGCACCAGCCCUGCUGCCCGCCGGAGCCCUGGUGGCCCCCUCACUGGGCAGCAACACGAGUCUCAUGGCUGCGGCAGCGGCAGCUGCAGCCGUGGCAGCAGCAGGGGGACCCCCAGUGCUCACUGCCCAGACCAACCCCUUCCUGAGCCUGUCGGGGACAGACAGCGGCAGCGGCCCCAAAGGAGGGACUGCUGACAAAGGAGCCUCAGCCAACCAGGAGAAAGGCUAAGCCCACUCUGCCCUUCCUGAGCCCUGCGUGGAGGGGACACGUCCUGGCUGGAGGGCUCUGCGCCUGGAGCAGGCAGCAGGGCCCAGACACUGGCAAGCCUGGCACAGAGCCCAUGCAGAGGCCCUGGGCACUAGGGAAGUGCGGUGCCGCAGACCAGGGCUGGGAGGGUGCCUGGCACCUGCGCUGCCCUGCCACAGGGAGAGGCUUCGCAGGGGGGAGCUUGGGGCACCUACAGAACAGCACGCAUGGGAGGGGGUUGGACCCACCAUGUAAAACAGAUCAGCACUUGAACUCGGGAGAAGGGAAGGGGCGGCCUUGGGCCUGGCCCCAUGUGGAAAUCUGGGGAAGAAGGGGCCCCCCCAUUUGGUUUCUUCCACACCCGGGCAGGUGGCAAAAGGGUCCCUUCGACUGUUUCUCACUGUCCCUUUCCCCACCCAGGGUCAUAAGCUGAGCUUGUAAAAGCCCACAGACAUGGGGGCUGAGGAAGGGCAGGACAUCGGUGUCAGCCCAGGCCUCCAGCACCCGGGGGCCCCACGAUGGGCGGGGAGCGCUGGCUGCCCUCGGCACCCCCCCUUGUUUGCACUAUUGGCUUGAGGUGUGCCGAGGCUAGGGAGAGGCGUGAGUGUGCGUGUGCGUGUGUGGGUGUGUGGCGUCGUCCUCGGUCUUCCUUCUCUGGACCUGGCAGCUGAGGGCAGGGAUUGGCUUUGUCUGUGCCCCCCCACCUCGCACUCGUGAUCUCUUUCUCAGCGUAGAGGACAGGGAAACCCAGAAGUGCACCCUGGUACCGGAGCACAGGGUUUGGAAUCAGUGACAGCCUGCUUUCCCUCCCUUGCGCCCUGUCUGCCCCCUUCUUCCUUGGGUGAGGGGGGCCUUUGGGCUUGGGGGAGAGGACAACAAGGUCAAGUGCCACUUCUUUUAGCAAAAGUCCUGCUUCCAGAAUUGGCCAGCCUGCCUUCCACCCAUGCCGAUCAUGAAGCCACUAAACUGACCUAGCAGGUGUCCCCUCACCCCUUGGCUGUGUCUGGGUGCACCAGGCAGUGCUCUUCGGGGGGGGGGGCCCUUCUGCCAGGGCCUCUGGCAGGCAGGUGGGGUCCGGUGGGGAGCUGUUCAGUUGCACUGGGGUGGAUGCCCCGCCAGUCCGUCCCUCUGUCUGUCCGUCCAGCUUGCAUGUGUGCAUAACUGUGUGUUUCUGCUUGGGGUUUUGUUGGAUUUUUUUUUUUUUUGGUUGUUUUUUUGUUUUGUUUUGUUUUUUAAUAAAGAAAAAGAAGAUGUGUAUAUUUUUGGCAACAACAGAAAUGUAGUGCAGAUAUAUUUUUGCCUGUGCUGCUCAACUUUUUUUUUCCUGAUACGGAAAAUAUUAAUAUUCCUGUUGAUAAGACUUUGUAAGAUGUUAGCGCGCUAACGGACAGGGUGGGUGGGAAUCCUUCCGAGGCGAUUUCUUAGGCACUUGCAAGGGCUUGGGCGGGGGAAGGGCCAGUUGUGAUGACCUCGAAAUACUCAUUUUUUAAAUUAAAUGCGAAAUAUCAGUUAAGACAUUAGAACCGAGCAUUUAUCCAUCUUAGUCCAUUCUGCUCUUCAACUCCCUGACCCCAAGCCACCAUAAAAUAAAAUGACCUUCAGAGGUUCUUAGAAGAGUUGCUCCUUUCCACCCUGCCCUUACCUAUGGAUGAGGCUACUUUGUCCCUCAUCCUGGUAAAAGGGAUGGGGGCACCCAGGCUGUGGCAUGAAGGCAGGGAAUGGUGUAGUGCACUGGAACCAAGACACCCCUAGCACGUCCCACCCGUCCCACCCAUCCCAACCCCAGUUACCGCCAUCUCUGCCUCAGUCCCCAGAGUUUCCCAAGUCCUUUGUGUAACCCCACACACACAGGGAGGGAGGCCAGGCUUGUGGACAUGGGACACAGGCCAGCUAGGAGCCCACUAGAAAAGCUAUGAAGACCCUUGGGAGGGACAGGACACAGAUGUAAGUGGCUGUAAGGCCUUUACUCUCUCCCAGCCCCAGUCCAGCUUCUGACAACUUGGCUGGAGGUGGGGUAGGGUGGGGUGCAGAUUUGUGGUGCUGACUGGGGGAGGGGAAGGAUGUGGUUUACAGAGCAGAGCGGAAGUGGCGCCUGCAAAUCUUGGCUAGAGCUUUUGUGUGCCACCCCCCCCCAAGCAGGGAGAUGUGAGUGGGUGUGGGAGCCAGGUCCCUGCUGGCCCAGGGGUCCUACCUGGGGGUGGGGCAUGUUAGCUGGCCUUGGCUUCCCUGGUGACAGCUGCAAGCGCAGAUGGGUAGAGGCCCCUGCUGAGCCAGGAUCUGGCCACCUGGUCUUCAGCUCUCCUGCAGGCUGUCUGCACGUACGUGUGUGUGCACAUGUGUGCUUGUGUGUGUGAGAGAGAGAGACACGUGGGCUGUGCCUAGGUUGGAGUCUGUUUUGUCUUAGUUCUGAGCUGACAGGUCCUCUUCACAGAAAAUGACACUUCAAGGGGUGCCUUUAAAAUUUGUCCUAUUUGUGGGUUUUAGGCCCUGGGGCCUCCUGCUCCUUCAUGGAGUUCCUGACAAUGAGCUUGGUGAGGGAACCCCUGUUCUUUCCUCUACUGACACCUAGGGAAAUGGUCACCCCGGUUUUAAAAGAGCACAGACUAACCAGACAGGUGUAUAAGCCGGGGUCAGCUCUGAGGAAUGACUUUAAGUCCCUGUCCUAGACUGGAAAUGCUGGGCAGGUUUGCCAAGACCCAGGCUCCCCUGUGAGCUAGCAGCGUCUUCCUGAUAUGUAGUGGGCCAGAGUGAGGGGUGGCAGCUUGUUCCCCCUUUAUCCUGGGAGAAGGGUGGGCUUUCUACUGAAGUUGGAGGAAGAUGGGGCCAGGCAGCCCUACCUACUCCCAGCCACCUGAAAACCCAUCCGCUCUGACCAGGCUGCUUUGCCUGGCUGUGGAGUUGGUGUAGUACCCAUUGUUGUCCACUGCCCAUCUUCCAGCCCAGAGUGGUAGUGGGGUAGUGGGACCGCAGACCUGGCCUCCCCUUUGGUCCCAGCCUGUUUAGCAGACCCUUCCCCGGGGGUAGGGAGGGGAAGCCUCAGUUUGCAAGCCCAGGGGCCCCUUUCUUGUUCUUUCUAAAGCCUCCUUUAUAUCUUCAGCCCAAAAGGCAAUGUCCCCACCCGAACCUCCAAGCCCAGAAUUGUGCAUAACCUGGAUCUUGUAUCUUUGUAUAACGGAUGUUAUUUGUACGAAGGGCAGUUCGUAAACAGCACUUGUUCUUUUAAUAAAAGACUGUUUUA